CUCUCUCUCUCUCUCACUCACUCACUCACUUACUCAUUCACUCCCAGCAAUUGCCGACCGCCUUCUUCCAAGUGUCGCUUCCCGCUAUGGACGCGCUCAAAUCGGCCGGCAGAGCGAUCAUCAAGAGCCCGGGUGUGCCCCGGCACACGUGGAGCACCGCCAGGCACGAAAAGCUUCCAGAGAACUGGACAGAUACCAAGGAAACCCUACUGGAAGGGAUGGUGUUCAAUGUGAAAUACCUUGGGAUGACGCUGGUGGAGCAACCAAAAGGUGAAGAGAUGGCAUCAGCUGCAAUCAGGAGGAUAGUGUCAACGGCAAGAGCCAGUGCCAAAAAGUUCCGGAAAGUGACCUUAACAGUGUCUCCAAAGGGGAUAAUCCAAACUGACACAGAAACGAACGAUCUCAUUGAAAACGUCUCAAUAUACAGGAUUUCAUACUGCACCGCCGACAAGGCUCAAGAUAAAGUGUUUGCUUAUGUUGCUCAGAGCCAGUCUAAUGAGACCCUGGAGUGCCAUGCUUUUCUGUGCCCCAAAAAAAAGAUUGCCCAGGCGGUGACACUGACAGUAGCCCAGGCAUUCAAGGUGGCCCUGGACCUUUGGGAGAUGGCACAGCACGACAAAAGCAAGAAAGCCCAUACUUGCUGUACCUGCAUGGAAUCAAAACCCAGCAUUUCAACAAAUAUGUGCACCUCAGAAGGAGACACAGAGUUGAGCAUCGAAGAAAAGCCGAGUGCCAUGCUGUUCUCAUCCUCUGACAGGGAAGCCUCAUCGCGGCACAACAGCCCCGUCCAUAAGCUGCUUGUCAGACACGACUCAUCGGAUGCAGAUGAUGCGUUGGAUGAAGCCUUUUCCAGAUUUGCAAAGUCCCGAACUAAAGCACGGUCCUCAAACACAGAAGUGAAGGCCAGCUCACCGGGGCAGAGACCUCUCCUGGGGGCUUCACCCCUAGCCACCAGAAAGUGUGAUCUUCCAAGACCUGAAGAGAAGGGAAACGAUCCCAUAAUUUCCUCAUGUACUGUAAAAUGAAUACCAGACUGAUGUGUGUGUGUGUGUCCAUCUAGAGUGACCAGUGGCACCUGCAGCCCCCUAAAAUGUCUGACAAAGUGCACUACAUGAAGGUCUUUAUCUUCUGGUAGUUUCACGUUCCCAAAUGUUAAUUUCAAGGACAGCAAUAAUGAUGGCUACUUUUUAUUAAUUCUGAGAAACUGAUCUUCACAUCCUUUAGAUGCACAACAAUGAUGUUAGAACUUCCAGCCCACAUUAGAGGGGGAAACACUGGUCACAAUCCAGUGUUAUGGACUUUUUGAAUUUACCAUAACAUAUUGAACACAUCCACAACGUACUUAGUGUUUAUUGAAGUUCAGCAGUGCCCAACUUGGCAAUUUGCAUGGUUGGCAGCGAACUGAUGACUCCUGACUCAUCACUCCAUGUUCUAAGCAAGGUAAACUUCUAAUUCAAUGUUAUUUAUCACUCAGUCUUUCACUGAAUACUCUGAAACUUCCACCUUUGCUAUUUCUAAUCCACUAAUUGUCCACUCUCUACACCUUUGGCCGACUCUUUAGACCUUCGUUGAGUCCUUUCAAGUGUAAAAGAAUGAGUCUGAACACACUGGAAAGAUUUGGGACAGCCACCCGUAUAUUGUCCCUGGCUGCAAAAGGUUUUGAAAUAAGCACUGAUGUGCAUGGGUUGAGUUCCAGACUGAACUGAAUUAGUAGUGGAAGUGAUGGAGGCUUUAAAGGGUGAAACUGGAAGUGAGGCUGGAAUCGGACGUGAUGUCUUUCUUUGUGCCGGAACUGGAAGUGAUGUCAUUCUUAAUGCCGGACCCGGUAGUGAUGUUAUUCUUGGCAGAACCAGAAGUGAUGUUGUUAUUAAAUCAGGUAGGGUUUCUUGUAUUUGGCCUGCAGAGACAACAGAAAAAGAUCUAGCGCACCCCGCCACCCCCUGGCCUGUCAGAUAAUUAUCUCCACUUGGUCCACUUCCUCCUAAUCACACAUGUGUGACACAAGGCAUCUUGCAGGUGUAUGGUGGCUCCAAAUGCUUCCGUAACAAAGAGGAUCUACCAUUUUCAGGACCAUAUUAACAUGGUAUUAAACGUUAAAACUUUCUACUUUGUUUAAAGGGAAAUCUAAUCAUGUGGCUGAAAAGAGAGGACACCCCACCCUCCAUGAAGUCUUCUGCACUUCCAUUUGUCUGCUACCUACUCCAUCUUGUCUUGGACACCAGCAGAUGUUUGGAUAUAAUAAUUGGGGAGAUUCCAUUUGUUGAAUUUUCCAGCUAGGCUGUCUCCUUGGCUUUGAAGAAGAACAGCCAAAGAAGUCACCUCUACAUUGAGUGCCUCCAUUAACCAAUGCUUGUUGUGAUUUGUCAUUUGGAAGAGUGGAAUGUCCAAGUGGACAAUAUGAGUAGUUAACCACCGGGAAGUCUUUGAGAAGGUUAAUUCAACAGAGUAGUCGGAAAGGAAGUCCAGAGCCAAUUCGUGAUGAAAGAAGAUGGCCAAAAGUGGAGAAACAAAGCAAAAUCAAUAUACUUCAUAACAACAUUGGUUUUCAAGUCCAUUUUGUCUCUUAAAUGCUACAUAUUUCCCUUAAUUUUUGGUCAAAAAUUCCAAUAUCAAUCCACGGAUGCCUCCAUCUUCUGUAAAGAUGACAACACGAAUCACACCCACAUGACCGGAGAUGGGCUUUGCAACUAACAUGGUGGACCCAUAAAAAGCAGCACACAAAAUGGUGGUGCAAUGACAUCACUAAAAAUAACAAUGCGAGUGAAAAACCGUGAUAGUAGUGUUAUGAUUUUAGUUUGUAAAUUUCAUUCAAUCCAGGAUGGAUUUUCACAAUCUCUACGUCAAUAAUUUUGACGUUCGCUUCUCUUUAACACAUGUUUUGAUAAUUUGUACAUUUUUCAGAUCGUCCCGCAAUGCCAUUUUGUUUUGUUAAUGGGCGCUGCCAUUUGGAUGAUGGUAAAUUUGUCACAAACCCCUAAAAGCGUGUGAUGAGUGACGUCAUCGGUGCCAUCACGUAAAGGUUGGCAUAUGUGAUCUUGAUUUACCAGACUACACUGGUCUUCAAAAAAAAAUUUUUUCACUCACCUCAAAAUUGUGGAUGUUCUUUGUGGAUCUGAUUCAAAAUCUGUCAGGAGAAUUGUUCGAUCACAUGCAGUGUUUGAGGGACGACGGUUUAAAAUGAAAAUAAAAAAGUCAUUUAAAUGUAAUUAUUUAGACUCCAUUGUUUUAAAUAUAAUUAUUACUUACAAAAAGUAGCCACUUCAUAGUUCUACCCUCUUAUCAGUGGAGGCGUUUCACGGUGGAAUCAUGUCUGCUAACAAAGAGUCACUCCACUGUCCACUAUAACAUCUCAUCACCGGAGCGAACCUCUCCGUGUCUUCAGCAGGUAUGGCUCCAACGUUCUCCACGAAAAAAUCCUAAUAAGAAUGUAGGAAGUGAAUUUUUAAAGAUGUGUUGCACCCAACUUCUAGAUUUUAUAUGUCUACGUGUAUAUUUGUGUUUUGUACUUGUGUUUUCUAAUUAUGAACGAUUAUUUGUCUUAUAUAUACACUACCGGUCAAAAGUUUUAGAACACCUCAGUUAUUCCACUUUAUCGUUAAAAUGCAAUCAAUGACCUUAAAUGGUGAAAAGGAAACCAUUAAAGUUUAGGUUAGCAAAAAGUGGGAAAAAAAGAACAUUUCAGAAUAUUACAAAUGGGCCUUCUUCAGGGAACAACCAAUAGGUUACAUCCUGCAAGUUGUUCUGGAGAAAUUAAAGUAAAUGAAGCCUUCGAAGUUGAUGCAAACAAUUUGCGCUGGGGUCCCAACUUCUGUUGAUUACUUAAAAGCCCUCUGUGUGUCUUAAAGCAGAGCAAAGACUGUGUCACUACACCCUCUGAAGUCCUACUUGGACAAUAUUCCAGUGAUAAUGACAAGAAAAUGUCAAUUAACAAAUGUAGAAGUAGAAGUGUUGACCUUUCAUUUAGAGUAAUUGCAAAAAAAUAUCAAAGUGUCAGUGAGUCCAGUGGUGUCCUACACAAUCCAAAGGCAAAUGGAAACUGGAGGAAACUCUGAUAGGAUGAGAUCCGGCAGAGCUAAAGUCACAAGCCAAUCGGAAGACAAGUUUCUGAGGGUCACCAGCUUGCGUGAUCACAGGCGCCUCACAGGCACAACAGCAUCAAGCACAGCUUAACUGUGCAGAGUGACAAAGCUAAGUCUCUGUUUGUACUGUGAAGAGGAGACUUUAUGCUUCAGGUGUGACAGG